UUAGUGCCUAAUUCAGUGCAACGUUAUAAUCGGUAUAAGCGUCAUCAUGCUACUCGCAGGAAUAUUAAUAUCAAUUGUUCUAUCCACUGCGCAUUUAUUUCGAUAUGGUUCUGUAGUAUACGGUGCAAAUAUUUUGGGAGUAUUUCUUACUCAUACUCCCUCACACCUGAUCGUACACAUGUCUGUCGCUAAGGUUUUAGCUGAAGAAGGUCACAAUGUAACUGUAGUAGUGACACAAGAACCUAAGGUCAACCAUCAGAAAAUACAUACAAUUUUAAUACCGCCUGGUGAGGAACACAUCGAAUUCCUACACAAGGAAUUCUCUGAUCUUGCGAAGCAGAAGCCAAGCCUGCUGCGUACUUUAACAAACCUAAUUGGUUCAUUACGUUUAAUAAUUGAUAUGCAAAGAGAUGCUUUGAAAGACGAACGCUUUACUCAACUCUACGAUAAUCCAGACACGAAAUUCGAUUUAGUUAUUGUUGGAUAUUUCUUAAAUAGCUUUCAAUUUGGGGUAGCUGCAAAAUUUAAAGCUCCUGUCAUAUUAAGUUGGAUGUCUGCACCUGUACAUAUUAUUAAUGACUACGUUGGAAAUCCUAACGGAGUUGCCUAUGUACCCAAUACGAUGAUGGCCACCAAGCUAGGCGAAAAGAUGAACUUUCUAGAAAGAGUACAAAAUUUCUUGACAGCCAUUAUGUUCGAUACCUUUGGAAAGAUUAUGGACUAUCGAAAUCAAUGUUUUUACAACGAACUAUUUCCAAAUGAUGAUGGGAAACUUCCUACCUAUGAGGAGAUGAAAAAUAAUGUUUCGUUAGUUUUUUGUAACAGCCAUUUUACUGAAGGUCCCAUCAGACCUAACGUCCCUGCCGUUAUAGAAAUCGGUGGUAUCCAAGUCAAAGACCAGCCCAACCCGCUUCCUGAGGAUAUAUCGUCAGUUUUACAUGAAAGUAAAGUUCAUGGCGCCAUACUUUUUUGUUUAGGCUCGAACUUAAGAAGCGAUUACAUUAAACCAGAAGUUAUCAAAACCAUAUUUCAAGUACUUUCCAGUCUAAAGCAAAAUGUUAUCUGGAAAUGGGAUGAUCUGACCAAUACACCGGGCAUAGCUAAAAAUAUCAUGUACAAGCAGUGGAUACCGCAGGACGAUAUCUUAGCGCAUCCCAAUCUGAAGUUAUUUAUUACACAUGCUGGCAAAGGCGGCGUUGCUGAAGCUCAGUAUCAUGGUGUUCCAAUGGUAGCUUUGCCCGCUUUUGCAGAUCAACCUGGGAAUGCAGCCAAAGUAGUGGUCAGUGGCUACGGACUUCAAUUAGAUCUUUUAACCUUAACUGCCGAUCAACUAAGAAUGGCCAUCAACGAAAUUUUAACCAAUCCCUCUUAUAGAGAAAAUGUGCGACGAUUUUCCCGUUUAUAUCGCGAUAGGCCUUUAACAGCUCGGCAAUCUGUUGCCUUCUGGACAAAUUAUGUAAUACGUAAUCAUGGUGCUGCUCACAUGCAGAGUCCGUUAGUUCAUAUGAAUUUAAUAGAAAGCUUAAACAUUGAUGUUAUAGUCUUCUUACUGAUCGUAUCUUAUUUAAUUUAUAAGAUCUUCAAGUUAGUCGCUUGUUAUAUGUUUCGGAAAAUUGCAAAAAAAAACACGAAAUCCUGUUUAAGUUUAACAAAAAAGAAAAAAAGUUAGUAAAACAGAUAAAAUUAAGUAUAUUAAAAUGCAUUAAUAACGUUCUUCGAAUGUCAUAAGACUUGAGUCAAAUUUCUUUUUCUUAAUUCCAUUUUAAGUUAAGAAGUAGAAUUUUUAAAGUAACAACCAUAACCAUUGUUAACAUUGUUUUGAACUAACGACAACAUCGUAAAUAAAAUUUCAGUUAUUCUUGUUUUCGCUACGUCAGCUAGAGAUUACAGCUAUAGAGCUAACCUUUUCCAAUCAUUUCAUAAAAUUUUUUC